AUGGCUAUUCCUCAGGACACCACGACCUACCAUGGCGUCUCCGGCGACGUGAAGCCCACCACAACCGCACUCCCAGCCCUUGGACCAAAGGAAAUCUUGAUCAAGAUCACGCACACCGGUCUCUGCGCAUCUGACCUUGCCUAUAUCCCCUACGGCAUCGCCCUCGGCCACGAAGGUGUCGGCACCGUACUCGCAAUCGGCAGCGAGGUCACCCAAUUCGCAGUCGGUGACCGUGCUGGCGGAGGAUACCAUCGCAAUAGUUGUGGGCACUGCUCUUACUGUCUUAGCGGCCAGGACAUAUGGUGCUACGAGCGAACCAUAUUCGGCGAGAAAGAUUACGGUAACGGGACGAUCGCAGGUCACUAUGUUGGUGUUGAGACAUAUCUACACAAGAUCCCGGAAGGACUGGAGAGCGAGCACGCUGCGCCUCUGCAAUGCGCUGGCGCAACUGUAUAUAACGCUCUUCUUGGGGUAGCGAAGCCUGGUGAGCGGGUGGGGAUCGUGGGUAUUGGCGGAUUGGGCCAUUUGGCAGUGCAAAUAGCGAGAAAAAUGGGCGCGGAGGUUGUUGUGUUCAGUACCAGUCAAGACAAAGAAAAGGAAGCGAAGGGAUUCGGUGCGAACGAGUUCUACUUGCUGGACGAGGUGGAGAAAGUGACGAAGCCGAUAAACACACUAGUCGUUUCAGGGAACAAGUAUCCAGAUUGGGACAAGUUCCUGGUAAAGAACGUUCUUGCGCGUGCUGGAACGAUCAUUCCCCUUGCAGCACCUCAUGAUCGUCUUAAUCUUCCUGCGUUUCAACUCUUCUUUGAUGGAUACAAUGUCAAAUCGAGCUUGGUGGCUUCGCGCCGCACGCAUGACGAUAUGCUCGCAUUCUGCGCUUCGCACGAUGUCAAACCAGUAAUUGAGAGAUUUGAGCUCAGUGAAAGUGGAAUAGGAGAAGCAAUCGGAAAGCUUACCGCAAAUAAGAUGCGGUAUCGAGGGGUGUUGGUCGCUCCAGAGUAG